AUGCGCGCUCCUCUUCGGAUUGCUAUUCUGGAAUGCGAUCCCCCGCUCCGGAAUACCCAUCGCCAAUACAACGGGUAUAGAGAGGUGUUUCAAGCACUAUUGGACAGCAGUGUAAAGACAUUGAACCAACCUGAUCAAUUGAUCCCAGAAAAUGCAUUAGAAAUUUCCGGGUGGGAUAUCUACCGCAGCCAGAAAUAUCCCAAAUUGGAGGAUAUCGAUGCCGUGCUUCUCACCGGGUCAAAAUUCAGUUCAGUUGAUGAUGAGCCGUGGAUCAACCGUCUGCUGGAAUUCCUGCAGCAAGUCUUAGCACAAGAUCGGGUUCGUAUUGUCGCAGCUUGCUUCGGACACCAGAUUGUUGGCCGUGCGCUAGGAGCCAAGGUCGGACGACAUGAGCAAGGCUGGGAGAUAGCUGUGUGUGAGAUAGACUUAACAGAUAAGGGCAAGGAAGUGUUUGGGUUGGAAAAGAUUCGAGUUCAGGAAUCACACAAGGAUGUUGUUCUUAGCUGUCCAACUGGUGUUACUGUCUUGGGCUCCACUCCACAUUGCGAGGUUCAGGUUUUGUAUGCUCCGCGCCGCCUUCUUACCGUUCAAGGUCACCCGGAAUACAACGAAGAGGCUUUGGUAGAAAUCAUUAGCCAUAUGGCCCGGAAAGGUAUUCUCGAUGAGCGUCAAGCACAGGAAGCCUUAAGCAGGGCGGGAAAGGAGCAUGACGGGGUUGCGAUCGGGGCGGCCUUCCUGCGGUUCCUACUGGAGGAGUAA